GAGAUCAGAAACCUUUGUAUCCGGUAAAGAGACCUUGGUAAAAUCUUACGUUGUAUACUUGAUAGAUAAAUAAGCAGGCAAAAUGCGUCUUAUGCCAGGUUUGACAGCUAACAGCUUGAAAAAGCACCCAGCGCUCAUUCCACUUCUUGUUGCUAUCGGAGGUGGUGCCAUUGGAGCUUUUGGAUAUUUGACUCGAUUGGCUCUAAAGAACCCUGAUGUGUCGUGGGAUCACAAGAAUAACAUGCAACCCUGGACAAAGAUGAAGCCAACUGAUCAAUAUAAGUUCUACAGCCCAAACAUCCAGUACGACAAAUUGGCUCCACCAUCUGAUCGCCCAGAAAUAUAAAUCUGAACUUACAGCUCGUGAAAUCUGUUUGAAUUUUUUUUCAAGUCGCACCUUCAAUAGCUUUCAAUAUUCCUUUCAAAAAACAAAUGUUAUAAUAAUAUCUUAAGCUUUUAAUGAGAUAAUAACAUGGGAAUAAAAGUUUUUUCAGAUGACGACAAUAAUCAAUUAUUGUGCUCCUAAACAUAUCGUAAGAAAUAAUGAAUUUGAUUGUAAGAGAAAGAUUCGUAUACAUAUAUAUUAACGAUAAACAGACCGAAGAGUGUAGUUUAACGAUAUCUUGUAUUCUAUAUAUUUUAAGCAAACGAUAUAUAAGAAAUUGGAGUUUUCAAUAGUCAAGAAAAAGUUAAUUUUAAUUUCUUUAAAAAAGUCAACAUAUUAAACUUCAAUAAAAUUAAAUUUCAAUCUUUGCAUAAAAUCAGAUAGAGAUCAAAUCACAAACUAGUGGUUAUAUGUUCGAUUUGCACUCAAGAUUUAACAGGAACUUAGAAUGUAUCAGUUCCUGCUACAUUUACUGGUUUAAUUCUCUUUUCAACCCAUUCGGGAGUGCUAGUGGGAGAGCUCCAUGCAAAUUUCGAACUUGCAAGAACAAAAUACGAUGAUAUUAGGCAUAGUAGUGAAGCUAACGUCAUAUCUUUUGCCUCUAAGUAAUAAGACAAAAGAUAUAAGUUUGAACCAUGCACAACUACGUCGAAUCCAGUUCCAAAUAUAACAUCGAGUGUCCAUUUAUGCUUAUGAAAACUUCGUUGCCAAUCCAAUGAGCUCCAUGUUAUAACUUUUUUGCAAUAAGGGUGUUUGUCCCAGGUUAGGAAGAAAAACAGAUGUUGAAUGUUUUGAAUGACAGCUAGCCACAUUCUUCUUUGUGUAUAAAGGUAGUUUACAGCUGCCACAGUCAAAAGGUCAAUCAGGAAGUAGAAGCGUACUUUCCGAAGGUCUUUUCUGGGGAGUAACCUUAAUCGAAAAAGCACAGAUACGUGACCAAAUAAAUGAUACAAUUCCAGAAAGAAGAGAAGUGUCCCAAAAAGCUUGAAAUCGAAAAAUUUCACUUCUAUGCUUGACUCCAUCGCUGUAUCUAUUGUAAUAAAAACACUUUGCAAAUGUAGUACGGGUCAGCUAGAUAAAAAUUUAAGGGACGUUCCAGUUCUGUAAGCGAAAUUUCUGUUUAAAGAAAAUAGGACGUUGGUAAUGUAAAUAUAAACGGGUAAUAUAAAACGAAAAUGCUAGUGGAGGGCGACUCUCACUAACUGUGGC